AGAAUCUAGCUUUAGCCGGGAAUCGAACUCAGGCCACCCGCGUGAUUGGCUGGAGUGAUUGUAACAACAAUUAUUCCUCGUUUUAUGUGUUGCAGGCUCUGCUUCCACCCUACCACAGGAGUCUUCAUCUUGUUCGGAUCCGUCGUACUCAUCCAACUCAGGCUCAGGUUGACUGUACAUAUUUUUUUUGGACUUCCUUGGACUUCGGGAAGCCUGUAGAUAUAGAUUUCAUAUUCUGCACGGUACGGCAUGGUUCACCCAUGGGAAUAUGAUCUAUGUUCAUGAGACCAACGUGAAAUGAUUAAGAGCUCCAUCUCAAAUCCUCUGAAAAUGGUUGUUUCUGGCGUUAUUCUUGAUCUGGAUGGCACACUUCUACAUACAGAUGGCAUAGUGAGUGACGUUCUAAAAUCCUUUCUGGACAAGUAUGGAAAGCAAUGGGAUGGAAGGGAAGCCCUAAGAAUUACUGGGAAGACGCCAUACGAGUCUGCAGCUGUUAUUAUUGAAGAUUACGAGCUUCCUUGCACAUCAACUGAAUUGAUGUCACAAGUUUCCCCAAUGUUUGAGGAGAGAUGGUGCAACAUUAAAGCACUUCCAGGAGCAAACCGGUUGAUUAAACAUUUCACUGGUCACAGAGUGCCAAUGGCAUUAGCUUCGAACUCAAGUAGGGAAAACAUAGAGACCAAAAUUUCUUUUCAUCAUGGCUGGAAAGACUCAUUCUCUGUGAUAAUCGGUAGCGAUGAAGUUACAACGGCCAAACCAUCUCCUGAAAUAUUCCUUGAAGCAGCAAAAAGGUUAAAUCUCGAACCCUCAAGGUGCCUCGUAAUUGAGGAUUCCGUUCCAGGUGUUGCAGCCGGUAAGGCUGCUGGGAUGAAGGUGAUUGCUGUACCAUCCCUUCCGAAGAAGACUAAUCUCUACUCUUCAGCGGAUGAGGUGAUCAAUUCACUGCUUGACUUUCAGCCUGAGAAAUGGGGCCUACCUCCAUUUGAAGAUUGGGUAGAGAACACCUUACCAAUUAAUCCUAUGUACAUUGGAGGUCCCGUCGUCAAGGGAUAUGGGCGUGGCUCGAAAGUUCUUGGGAUUCCUACAGCGAAUUUAUCUACAGAAGGAUAUUCAGAUGUCCUUUUAGAACAUCCAUCAGGCGUUUAUUUCGGUUGGGCUGGUUUAUCAACAAGAGGCAUCUUUAAAAUGGUCGCAAGCAUCGGAUGGAAUCCAUUUUUCGACAAUGCAGAAAAGACUAUUGAACCAUGGCUACUCCACAAGUUCCAUGAAGAUUUCUACGAUGAGGACUUGAGACUUGUUUUAGUCGGAUAUAUUCGGCCAGAGGCCAACUUCCCAAACCUUGAGAGCCUAAUAGCUAAGAUUCACGAGGAUGGAAGAAUUGCAGAAAGAGCUCUUGAUCUUCCACUGUACUCGAAGUAUAGAGACGACCAAUACCUGAAGCAGCAUGAUGCUUAGAGAUGGCAUGCUUUAGGAGUUCUAUACGUUCUAUUGCAGAUUUUUGUGGCCUAUUGUUUGUCAUUUACUUCAUAAUUCUAUGAUCAUGGAGGAUGAAUUCUCAUUUACAUUUUGUUGUUGUUUCUAUAGUACAAUCAAUCUUAAAGUGUGUAUUUGAUCCUCUGAUGUCGAGAGUAACGAUCGAUAUUAAUGUUGGCAUCUUUUGAUCUUUGUUGUACC